AUGGACGCUUCAACUAUUACAGUUCAUUGGCACGAGGAGAAUCUGCCGAUUUAUUCGGUCGAUUUUCAGCCAAAUUCUGAUACUCUGACGAGCAGAAGCCCGCGGUUAGCGACAGCUGGUGGUGACAACAAUAUUAGACUAUGGAAUAUCCUGUACGGAACUACACCCGUUUCUAUAAAUUACUUAAGUACGCUUCGUAAGCACACCCAGGCGGUAAAUGUCGUUAAGUUUAAUCGAGAGGGGGACUCGUUAGCCUCGGCUGGCGAUGACGGAUCAUUGAUACUUUGGCAAAAAUCAGAUACUAUCGUAAAAGAAUUUGGACGAGAAGAGGAAGAAGACGAAUGUCAAGAAUCUUGGAUAGCCAAAAGAGUGCUUAGAUCAUCCAAUUCUGAAAUAUAUGACAUUUCGUGGUCACCGGAUCUGAAAUAUAUAGCGACCGGGUCUAUGGACAAUGUGAUCCGGAUCUACGACGCAGUAAAGGGGCAGGUGCACCAAUUAAGAGACCAUUCACAUUACGUACAAGGGAUAUCGUGGGACCCGUUGAAUCAGUACUUGGCGACUCAAUCAGCUGAUAGAAGUGUGAAUAUAUAUGAGUUUCAGGAAGAAGACGCGGGAGAAGAAGAUCCAAAGCCAAAGUUGAUCAGCAAAAGUUCUAAAGCUACUUUCAAUUGGAAGGAAGGUAAGCCACGAAACUUAACUUUAUAUCAUUCAGAAACGUUACAGAGUUUUUUCAGAAGGUUGGCAUGGAGUCCUGACGGGAGUUUGUUGAUGGUUCCGCUGGGUAUAUAUAGAGAAAGCAACAAAGAAAAUGAAAAAGAUAAUAGUAAAGAAUCAGGCCAGGAAGUUAGCGUUGACGAAAAUACCGACAAAUCACUCCCAAUUCCGGGAGAAGAGCAUAGCACUAAUAAUCCCAAUAGCACAAGCAGCGAAGACGAAUCAAAUUCAGUCUAUAUCUAUACAAGAAAGGGGUUACGACAUUCACCGGUGUGUCACAUAUCCGGGUUAAAGAAACCAGCAAUAGCGAUCUCCUUCUCACCAAUACUAUAUGAGAAGAGUAAGAAAGCUGAUUUGGUUCCGUUCGAUGUACCACAUAAAAUGGUAUUCGCUGUAGCGACACAAGAUUCCGUGAUAGUAUACGAUACAGAAAAAUUGACCCCGCUAGGCUAUGCAUCUAAUUUGCAUUAUUCAUCGAUAACCGACCUUGUUUGGGAUACAGAUGGUGGCAGUUUGAUGAUCAGCUCUACGGAUGGGUUCUGUUCCAGUAUUGUUUUCAAAGAAAAUGUAUUUGGAAAACGAAUGAACAAAACGAAUGAACCAGCUGAGACAACUGCAGAGGAAAAGACAGAGCUGGCAUCAGUAGCGGAAGCUCCAAAAUCUGAAUCUAAAGUUGAACCUGUACCAAGUGCUGCUGAAUCAAAGAUAGAGACGCCAAGUGCUGAAAUUCCCAAAUCAAAAGGUGUGGUCUCGCCAGUGGAUGGAAAAGAGCCAAAGCCUGAACUCACUGAUUCCGUUGUGAAAAAGCUUGAUCCAGGUCCAAGUAAACUAGCAAAUGUACCAACGGGAACAUUGCACCUGGCUGGCGCAUGCGAAAGCACCUCAAGUCUUAAGCAAGUAUCCUCUGUGUCAGAUGAUACGGAAGCUAAAAAGGCCGCUGGCGUUUCAAAUGCCAACUCAUCUGAAACUGUUUCUAACGUCCCUGUUAAAAAACGUAGAAUCCAGCCCAUUUUACUCGAAUGA